ACCCUGCUUAAAUUGUCAUCUCAUCCCCCUUUUCUACUAUGACGGAAAACACAAAUUACUGACGUUUUCAUUAAUUUAUAACAUAAAAACGUACCGGUUACCGCAAAAUUUGUGCCUAAGAUAGUUUAAAAGAGGUUUCGCAGUGAACCACAACAAAAUGCAUCGUCCACUGCAUAUAGCCGGUGGCCUGAUCUCUCUAUCGUUGUUGCUGCUGCUGAGCACCUGCUCUGCACUUUACGAAGACCAGAUUAGGAAAUUCGACUGGCGUAGUACACAUGUGGGCGCCGUAAAGCAAGUCCACGUCGACCUCAAUCAUUUUCAACCGCGUGUCCUACUUAGUACACAUGAGCAAGUGGUCGCCUCAUUAUGUCCCAAGUCGGGAGAGAUUGUUUGGCGACAGGUAUUGGAGCAAAAGGCCAGGGGCGACAUCAAGUUGCUGCAAGUAAGCGGGUUCUCCGAUGAUAGCAGUGAUACUGCAGCCGCUCCUGUGGGCUCGCGUCUAGGCUUUGACAUGUUGACCAUACAGGGUCAUGCGCCGGCUUUGGUGCGUGGCUGGAAUACCAACAUUGGUACCAUUGAAUGGGAGUGGUCUAUAAUACCUUUGAAUACAGAACGGGCACAGGAUGCGCUAUGGUUUUACAGCAAUUCUGUGCUAUAUCAUGUGGUACCUGUUUGGCGCAGUCAUCUUGAGGUAACUGCUUACUUUGCCACCUCUGGGCACACAACUGGUACCACCAGCAAGAUAAUGGCAGCUUGGAUCAAGACCGAUAGCUGUUUACUCAGCGGUACCUAUUUUGUUUGCCAGGAUGGCAAGCAACUUAUUAGUUUGGAUUUGCUGGCCAAGAGCACACAGGUUAUUGCCACGUCUCUUGAGGCGGAGCCCACUGAUAAAAUCGAGGCACUAGCGGGUCUGAAUGGAGUACUCAUUGCCAACAAGAAGCUCGUCAGUGUCAACAAGGAUCAAGCCGUGUGUCCUGAGCUCAGCAGUGCCAGCUAUGUGCUGGGAAGCUUUAAUUACCGUAAAGUUGUGGCCUAUGCUGAUUUGGCAGAUGGCAAUCUGAAAAUUAAUGCUGUGUACUUGGACAACUGCUCGCCGGUUCCUGAGCUCCAAAUGAGCUUGGCAUUCGCCGAGCAUUAUGGAACACCUAGCUUGCGGUCUUUCGACUGCAAACUGAAGCGCAAUGGCGAUGGCAAAAGUUGUCUGUUUCUGUUUGGCACCAGUGCCGAGUCGAUUGUAGCUGUGCAGCAAGGACGAGUCCGUUGGGCACGUGAGGAGUCAUUGGCCAAUGUUAUUGAUACACAGUUUAUAGAUUUACCACUCGCGGAUACGGAAGGUACUCUCGAGAAUGAAAUGAAAGGAAAAGCGGUGGAUGCCAACAAUUUGAAGCGCGACAUUGUCAGCGCAUUUAUGCGCCGCAUCACUACCCAAGCUCUGCAAAUCAAGAGUCUGUUCCUGCAUGUCAUUGGAUUGGGUCCUCCACCAACUGAUACUCAACGUGCUGGGCUUGUGCGCGAUUCCUUUGGCUUACACAAAAUGUUAGUAUUGUUAACACGUACUGGUAAGAUUUUUGGCAUUGACAACAUCGCUGGCAAACAUCAUUGGAAACUCUACCUGCCCAAUGUGUCGGGCUUCGAAAAUGCUGAAGAAAUGCGUCUGAUUGUACAACGAAGCUCGAAACAUUUUCCUCUACAACCCCUGUGCGCAAUUGUAGCAAAGUUUCCAUCUAGCGGAAAUGGAGUUCUGUUUCGCUUCAAUCCAAUAACUGGCCGUGCUGCUGAAGGUGGAUUGCUACAGCUCGAUUUCCAGAUUAAACAGAUUGCGCUUUUGCCAGAAACAGAGAAAGACUUUGUAAAGGGCAUUCUCAUGUUAGAUGCCACAAAUAAAGUACAUGUGCAACCCAAGCACGCAACUCCAUUGGCGGAUGGCAUGUACUUGUAUACUGCUAAUGUGAAGACUGCUGAGCUCGAGGGCUUUUAUGUAAAACAUGCGGGAAACGAUUUGACGUGUACACCUAUUUGGAAUGUACGCCUCGGUGGACACAAUUCGGAACAGCACAUUAUUGGUGUUGCCAGCAAGAAUCCUAUUGAGCACGUGCAUUCGCAGGGACGUGUUUUGGGCGAUCGUUCUGUGCUCUACAAAUACAUCAAUCCUAAUCUCGUGGCUUUCGUGACCCAGGCGCCAGAUGCUACGCACAAAUCUGUGCUCAAUUUAUAUUUAAUUGAUGUUGUCUCCGGCUCCGUGAUUUUCUCCAUGACGCAUCGCAAGGUUCGACCUCCACUGCACAUUGUGCACUCCGAGAAUUGGUUAGCUUACUCUUACUUCAACGAUAAAGUGCGACGCACUGAGAUCACAACUAUUGAACUAUACGAGGGUAAUGCGCAGGCCAACAACAGUGUUUGGAGCUCUCUGCAAGCGCCUUCUAUGCCACUUGUGGAGCGACAAUCUUACAUAAUACCUACCAUUGUGGAGGCCUUACGUGAAACUAUCACUGAACGUGGCAUUACCAACAAACAUGUUCUAAUUGGCACAGCCAGCGGAGGAAUCGUGGAAAUGUCCUGGCAUUUGCUGGAUCCUCGGCGUCCAAUAUCAUCCACAACGCAGGGACGCGAGGAGGGUGCUAUUCCUUAUAUACCAGAGUUACCUUUGCCCACAGAGAAUCAUAUAAAUUACAACCAGACCAUUGCGCGUUUGCGUAAUAUUUAUACAGCUCCCAGCGGUCUGGAGAGUACCUGUCUAGUCGUGGCCACAGGCUUAGAUUUGUUCGUUACACGCGUUGCGCCUUCGAAAACGUUUGAUAUACUAAAAGAGGAUUUCGAUUAUAUAUUAAUAUCCAUAGUGCUAGUCGUGCUCACCUCGGGCUCUUUGAUUGUUAGGCAUUUAGCGUCGCGUAAAUUGCUCAAACAGGCGUGGAAAUAGGCGACAUUAUUAUAACAUAUUUAAUUGCUUUAUAAAAUUGUACUACGACCAAAAAAAAUUAUGAAGAGAAAAAGUGGUGUACACGUGAGAGAAUGAAUUGUAGUAGCUGCAUUUUAACCAAUAAUGCAAUUGAUAACAGUUUUUUUCUCUAAGCUUAGGCAAUUAUUUAUAAUAAAAUAUAUAGCGUAAACAAGUAA